CCAGGGCGGGUUCCAGACCAAGUUGUUUGAGUCUGUCGGUGGGAGGAUCCCUAUAAGGAGAGAACAGGAACCGCAACAGUCGCAGCGUCCCGGGAUCAUCCUUCGUAGCGUAAUGGAGCCGGUGUAGUAAAUGCAAAUCCGCACACGUCUUCCGGUGACCAACGUCGGUGGCGAGUGUCUACAUGUCCUACAGACCACACAGAGCUCACGCCGAGCAAGCUUGGGGGUGUUCAAGGCGACGGCAAGGGGCAGAAUGCAGGCCCAAGCGCGACGGGUCGGAAGCGCAUCCGGAUUGAGUUCAGCGACGAGGGCGAAUUUGUAUUACUCGCCAUCAAAACCAAGGCCACGAUAAAAUCUCUUCCUCUCGACUGCCUCUCAGCCACUCCACCCCCCCAAGACCCAAGACCCACGAUUCCAGACCGUCGCACAGUCGACAGCUCUGGGCGCAUCACUCUCAACCAAUGGACCAAUCCAGCUACAGGUCUCUUCGACAACAACCACAAAACCACACGGAAGCGAGCGGGAGCGGGCAGAGAGACAACGUAAAGCACGAGGGCGAGGACGGUAUGCCCAGCACGAGCGACUUUGUGAAGAAGCUCUACAAGAUGCUCGAGGACCCUGCCUUCCAGCCCGUCGUCUCGUGGGGCCCGCAUGGCGACUGCUUUGUUGUCAAAGAUAUGAACGAGUUUACGAAAUCGAUCCUACCACGCAUGUUCAAGCACAGCAACUUCGCGUCCUUUGUUCGGCAGCUCAACAAGUAUGACUUUCACAAGGUCAAGAACACGGACGAUAACGCUUUCGGCGAGCACAGCUGGACAUUCCGGCAUCCUGACUUCCACGCGGACCGUCGGGAUGCACUUGAGAACAUCAAGCGCAAAGUCCCUGCAGCCCGCAAGUCCGUUGGUGGCUCAGGCGGAACACGCGCGUCGCCGUCACCAGGCGCAUCUGCCGACCUCAACGCGAUGUCGUCGUCGCUGUUGAACACCCAGAACCAGGUGCAAAUGCUCCAGCAGCAGAUCGGAAACACCUCCAGCUCCCUGAGCACGACGACGAACCAGCUCCAAAAUACGACCAGCACGCUGAAUGCGCUCCAGUCGACCGUCUCGACCCUCAGCAGCACGGUGUCAUCGCUCACGACCCAGAUCUCGCAGAUCUCGCGCAUGCACGAGGAGCGGCUUUCGCGCAUGCAGGACGAGUUCGUCCGCGCGCAGGAGGAGAUGGCGAAUCACAUCAGGAACCUUGAGAACAACUACCAGAACGUGCUCAACGAGAUGGUCCUCUUCCAACGCAACAUGGCGCAGCAGGACGGCCUCAUGCAGAACCUCAUCCAGUACUUUUUGCAGGUCGAGAACGGCAAGCUCAAGGCGGAGGACGCUACGAACGCUCUCACCGCACCUCCAGGCACCGCCGUCGGGUCUCCGGCCGCUCCAUCGCCAUCGCGCGCGAACAGAGCCCGACCUGGCAGCAGCGACUCGCAAGCAAGCCAGGGCUCUACGGGCGCGCCAGGCCUUCCGGACGGGAACCCCUUCCUACCCGUCACCGAGGCGCAGCGCAUGAUGGGUGGUGCGUACCCCGACAUGGACAUCGCUCGUGCGAGUCUCGCCCAGAUGAACGAAAUUUCGCAACGUGCCAGGGCCGCGGGCCUCACCUUCAACCAGGCCGCGCAGUCGUCGGACGCGGCCUCGAGCUCACGAUCCGGCGAAGGCCCGAGCAUGAGCAAGAUCUACGCCGCGGCGACGAGCCUCAUGCCCGAGCUCGAGCGGCCGCUCUCAAGACAGAACGCGCUAGCACGCAUCGAGGAGCUGUCGCGCGCACGCCCAACGUCGGCCCAGGGUGGGCUCAUCGCAGGCCCCGGGCAGGGCAGCAGCCUCGAGGCCCUCGCCGCCCCGGCUGGCCCAACGUCGGGCAGCCCCGGCAUAUACACGGACGCACAGGACCCUUACGGCGCGAUGCUCGCGCAGGGCGACCAGCGGUACGGCGUCCCACUCAACUCUGCGACGCUCAACCACGAGGGUCUGCAGGUCUUCACCGUCGGACACCUCAUGCCGAAGAGCAGCCUCGAGGACGACAACGGCAACUGGACCUUCGACCCCGCGCUCGUCAUGGGCGGCGCGCCACCACCACCGCCACCGCCGGCCGUUGCCAGCAGCAGCGUAGUCGCAGCGCUCGACAGCGCAGUCGUCAUGCCCACGCCUCAGGGUAUGGGCGGCGACCCGGAGCAGGAGGGCGAGAUGGAACGGCAACAGCCCAUCGUCGUCGUGCCCGACCCCGAGCCAACACCACAACCAGGCCCGAGCACGGUCGGGACGAGCCAGAAGCUGCGCGUACGCCGGAGCACGUAUGUCCCUGGCUGGGCGGUGCCGCCCCGCGUGUUGCUCGUCGACGACGACGCCAUCAGCCGGAAGCUUAGCAGCAAGUUCUUGCAGGUCUUUGGCUGUACCAUCGACGUCGCUGUCGACGGCGACGUCGCCGUGAACAAGAUGAACUUGGAGAAGUACGACUUGGUGCUCAUGGAUAUCGUCAUGCCCCGACUCGACGGUGUCUCUGCGACAUCGCUCAUUCGUCAGUUCGACCACAUGACACCAAUUAUCUCCAUGACGAGCAACUCAAAACCGGACGACAUCACCAAGUACUACUCGUCGGGCAUGAACGACGUUCUACCAAAACCAUUCACCAAGGACGGUCUCCUUGAGAUGCUCGAGCGCCACUUGAUGCAUCUCAAAGUCAUACAGACGAUGCAGAAGAUCCCCCGCUCGAUCGGCAUCCCACCAUUGUCGGACAGCUCGUUCGACCAGGCGCUGACAGUGCAGGCAAAUGCGCUUGCUUCGUCCUCCGCCGGUCCAUCCGCUUCCGCUGCAGGCCCGUCGAACGCGAACGGCUUCAACCUGUCGCUUGGCGAUGACGAUGGCAAGAUCAACCCGCUUGCGGGUAUGGGCCUCACGGACGAGCAGUACACGACGAUCCUGCACAACAUGGUUAACGGCGAGAGUUUCAUGGGCAUCGGGCCACUGCCAGGCAUGGGCAUGGGCAUGACCAUGAUGAGCAUGGCGAUGGACAAUGGGAAGCGUGGUCUGGAGGACCCUGAGGACGGGCGCGAUGGCAAGAAGGUUCGGUUCGAGAUAAUUGAGUAGAAGAAGUCAGGGACGCGGCGCGAUACCACGGAUCGAAUACCCCGCCGGUCGGCCCACGGAACGCGCGCACCUCCUGGUCGAUUAGGGUGCGCACACACACAAGGAGCGGCGCUGCCUCGUCAAGGCGUACGUAAAGCGCAUGUAACACAUGCAUCGUGCACAGAAACCCAGAUCCAACAGUAUUAAUUCAUGUAUCCAUUCUCGCUCCUCUUUCACCCCUCAUUGGUAUAGGCAUAACUCAAGCACCACAUGUGUAUCAUAGUACUUGGCAUUGACUGCUUCCACAUGCACUUUCUGAUAUUCAUUUGUUCAUCGCUAGCUUUGUCCGUGCGAUAGCUGUUCUUGUACAUACAUUCGAGGAAAUGGCAACACAAGGCCAAGGCCUGGUUCUCGCGGAUCCGUAAUGUUUGUAGCAUCAG